AUGCAGAUGUUGGGGCUCCUCUGGGACCAGUUCCAGGCGUCCGAUCCCGUCCCGCUGAAGAAGUCCAAGCUGGACGAGCCGGCGUCUCAGUCUCCGCUGAUGGACAAGGAGAAGCAGCAGGACUGGCUGCAGUCGCUGUCCUCCAGUAAGGGCCUCAGCUGCAUCCAGCCCCGCCAGAGGCCCUCGGCCUUCAGACCCUGGUCCCCUCACGUCCCGGCCGGGGACAAGGAGCCGCCCGGCCACCCGCUGGCCAUGCUCAGAGACAGCUUCUACAACUACAAGAGCCUGGAGAAUGCCGUGGCGCCGAACGUGGCUCUGGCGCCGCUGCCCCUGGGGAAGGUGGCCCCCAUGUCUCCGUCCGUCCCCAGCACCUCCCACCCCAGUGGAGGCGAGCCCCCCGGCGAGGGCGCUCACCCCAACUCCAGGCCCCGCAAGAGACGAGCCGUGGAGGAGCCCCCCCGGCCGGCCCCCGAGGCCCCCUGCCCUCCGUCCUCCGCCACCAGCAAGCUGCCGCCGCCGCCGCCUCAGGAGGACAAGGACUCGGAGGUGGAGAUUGAGGUGGAGAGCCGUGAUGAAUUCACCUCGUCCCUGUCCUCCCUGUCCUCGCCGUCCUUCACCUCAUCCAGCAGCUCGGCCAAAGACCUGAGCUCUCCGGGCGCCGCCGGCGCCGUGGCCCCGGCCGAAGCAGCCCCGCCCACCGCGGCGCCCGCCCCGGCAACGGCCCCGGCAACGGUCCCGGUCCCGGCGACGCCCCCGGAGGCGGGGCUGGAGUCGGAGCUGGAGAGCCUGAGGCAGGCGCUGGACAGCGGGCUGGACUCCAGGGAGUCCAAGGAGAAGUUCCUCCACGAGAUCGUGAAGAUGAGGGUGAAGCAGGAGGAGAAGCUGGGGUCGGCUCUGCAGGCCAAGCGCAGCCUGCAGCAGGAGCUGGAGUUCCUGCGGGUGGCCAAGAAGGAGAAGCUACGGGAGGCGACGGAGGCCAAGCGCAACCUGAGGAAGGAGAUCGAGCGUCUGCGGGCGGAGAGCGAGAAGAAGAUGAAGGAGGCCAACGAGUCGCGGAUCCGCCUGAAGCGAGAGCUGGAGCAGGCCCGGCAGCUCCGGGUCUGCGACAAGGGCUGCGAGGCCGGGCGGCUCCGCGCCAAGUACUCCGCCCAGAUCGAGGACCUGCAGGUGAAGCUGCAGCACGCCGAGGCGGACCGCGAACAGCUGAGAGCCGACCUGCUGCAGGAGCGGGAGGCCCGGGAGCACCUGGAGAGGGUGGUGAAGGAGCUGCAGCAGCAGCUGUGGCCGAAAGCCGGCGGCAACAAAGACGGGACGCCCAAGGACCCCGCCAAGGACCCCGCCAAGGACCCCGCCAAGGACCCCGCCAAGGACCCCGCCAACUAACCAGCAGCCGCUUCACGUCCCAGACCCCACAGCAGUCCACCACCCGACACCCGCCCUGCUCCACCUGGACUCCAUCUGGUUCUUCACCUGGACUCUGCCUGGAGUCCACCUGGAGUCCACCUGGAGCCCACCUGGAGUCCACCUGGAGCCCACCUGGAGCCCACCUGGGCUCCCCCUGGACUCUGCCUGGAGCCCACCUGGAGCCAUGAAACCACUCCCCCAAACCCAGAGCAGAGCCAUGGGGACUGGCUCUGCUCAGAGAAGGAACACAAACAUUCAAUGAUGUGAAAGUUUCUCUAUUGAGCGGUAGGCGGGGCGAACCCAGAACCCAGGACCCAGGACCCAGAACCCAGGACCCAGGACCCAGAACCCAGGACCCAGGACCCAGAACCUAGAACCUAGAACCCAGAACCUAGGACCCAGAACCCAGAACCUAGAACCCAGAACCCAGAACCCAGAACCCAGAACCCAGAACCAAGUACCCAGGACCCAGAACCCAGAACCCAGGGCC